AUGACUACAGUUGGAGAUAAGGCUUUCAAUGAGGCCAGAGCCCUGGCAGUAUACAACCGCAGACUCCAAGCACCACUGCCCAACAAGGUCUUACAUUUGGCCAUGAACCCUGUGCUGUCGGCCUUCCUGAGAGAGCUCCCCAGCUGGUUCCUGUUCUUUGGGGUCUUCCUGCCUGUGGUUUUGCUGCUACUCCUCCUCAUUGCCUACUUCAGGAUCAAACUGAUUGAGGUUAAUGAAGAACUACCUCAGAUUGCUCACCACCAAUACAAGCACAAGGGUGGCUCGUCUCUGCACCAGAAAAUGAAAAGGACGUGA